AUGGCCGGGAGCAGUGAGAAGGCGCCAGACUCCGGGCGAGGCGUCGUGCUUUCGGACAACUGGCCAGGAUAUGACUUGGAUUUAUUCACGUACCCACAACACUAUUAUGGUGAUCUGGAGUGUGUACUCAUCCCUCAUGGCAUCAUAGUGGACAGAAUUGAGCGGCUGGCUAAGGAUAUAAUGAAAGACAUAGGCUACCAUGAUAUUCUGGUCCUGUGUGUGCUGAAAGGAGGUUACAAAUUCUGUGCUGAUCUGGUAGAACACCUUAAGACCAUCAGCUGAAAUUCAGAUCGAUUUGUCUCUAUGAAGGUUGACUUCAUCAGACUAAAAAGUUACAAGAAUGACCGGUCCAUGGACGAGAUGCAGAUCAUAGGAGGCGAGGAUCUCUCAACACUGACUGGGAAGAAUGUUCUCAUUGUUGAGGAUGUUGUUGGAACUCGGAGGACCAUGAAAGCGCUGCUCAGCAGCAUCGAGAAAUACAAGCCCAACAUGGUGAAGGUAGCCAGUUUGUUGGUAAAGAGAACAGCCAGAAGUGACAGCUUCAGACCCGACUAUGCUGGAUUUGAGAUCGCAGAUGUCUUUGUGGUGGGCUAUGCCUUAGACUACAAUGAAUACUUCCGAGACCUGAAUCACAUAUGCGUGAUCAACGAACACGGUAAAGAAAAAUACCGAAUAUGA